CUUGUGGUGUAAGAUCAGCCAUUCCCACAUCUUCACUUCACUACAAGUUGUUUGAGAGAUUCUUAACUGUUACUGAAUUUAUGGCCAUUGACUUAUACGGUCAGAUUACAGUUAGAUUACAGUUGGCAAGAGUUUCGCUCUGUAAAGGUGCUG